UUUUCUUUUUUUCUUUUUUUUUUUUUUUUUUGACUUGUUCUGCCUUCGUUCCAGAGUGGCAGGUUCGGUUCUUUGGAUUCCUUUUUCUAGGGCUUGUUCCUUUCGUUUCCUUUUCAAAAGAAAUCGCAUUGCUCUGAUGACCAAUGUGGGUGUUUUCUCGUGCUCUUUUGUUUUUUCCUUGAAAAAAUUCCCCUUUUUAGCUCCCCGUCUUCCAAUAUCUCGUGCUAGCUAAAAGAAAAAUCGAGGUCUUGGAGUCGAUUGGAGACCAGUAGAAAAAAAUGAAACCGUCGAGCUUGGCUUCAGAUCUUCUACCGGCGAACUAGUACUUCAGAGAAGGAAAGAGAGGCGGGAUUUUUCUUUUUUCCCGGAAGAAAAAGGGGAAGAAACUUGAUCGGAGAUGAGAAAUCUAAUGCUCUACUGUGGUUUCUUUCUCGUUUUCUUUCCUCUUUUGGCCACAUCCGGCGCUCUCAACGACGACGUCCUCGGCCUGAUCGUCUUCAAGGCCGACCUCCAAGACCCCGCCUCCAAGCUCGCGUCUUGGAACGAGGAUGACGACGACCCUUGCGGCUGGACCGGCGUCAAGUGUAGCCCGAGAACCAACAGGGUCACCGAGCUCAAUCUCGAUGGGUUCUCCCUCUCUGGAAAGAUCGGUCGUGGUCUCCUCCAGCUCCAAUCCCUCCGGAAGCUAUCCCUCUCGCGGAACAACUUCUCGGGCAGUCUCAAUCCCAAUCUCUCCCACCUGGAAAGCCUCUGGAGUGUGGAUCUCAGCGAGAACCAUCUCUCCGGCUCGAUACCUGAUGAGUUUUUCCGGCAAUGCAGGUCUCUGAGGUCCGUCUCUUUGGCCAACAAUGACUUCUCGGGGGAGAUUCCGCUGAGCGUGGGCUCCUGCUCUACGCUGGCGGCGCUGAACCUCUCCUCGAACCGGCUUUCUGGUCGUUUGCCGAGUGGGCUCUGGUCUUUGUAUGGUCUCAGAUCACUUGACCUCUCUGGUAAUUCUCUGUCUGGUGAUAUACCAAUGGGAAUUAGUCGGCUUUACAAUCUGAGGGCAAUCAGCUUUCAUGGUAACCGGCUUUCCGGCCGGUUGCCAGAUGACAUUGGAGGGUGUUUGCUGUUGAAAUCGCUCGACAGCAGUGGCAAUUUGCUCACUGGUAACCUCCCUGAAACAAUGCGGAACCUUUCUAUGUGUAGCUAUUUGAGCUUGGGCUCUAAUUCUUUUUCCGGUGAAGUUCCGGUGUGGAUCGGAGAAAUGAAAAGUUUAGAGACGUUGGAUUUGUCAAGCAAUGGCUUUUCUGGCCAGAUUCCAGAUUCCAUUGGCAAACUUCAGCUAGUGAAAAGUUUGGAUUUCUCCCAUAAUGGUCUUACAGGGAGCUUGCCGGAAUCGAUAGGCGCUUGCAAAAGCCUUUCGGAGGUGGAUUUCAGCCAGAACUCCUUGACGGGUAAUCUCCCAACAUGGAUUUUUGAAUUGGGUUUGCAGAGUAUUUCAAUUUCGGGGAAUAACAUGAGUGGGUCGAUACAAAUUCCUAUUAGUACUGAUGAGACCCUGAAGGUAUUGGAUUUAUCCAGCAAUGGAUUCUCCGGUGGAAUUCCCGUUGAUAUCAGGAACAUUCAUGGCUUGCAGUUCCUGAACCUAUCCUGGAAUUCGCUUUCGGGUUCUAUCCCGACGAGCAUUGGUGAGUCGAAAUCAAUGCAGGUCCUUGAUCUGAGUGGAAACCGGCUCAAUGGGAGUAUCCCACCGGAGAUAGGGGGAGCAGUCUCUCUGAAUGAGCUGAGGCUGCAGAAAAAUUCACUUACUGGAGGAAUACCAACUCAGAUUGCGAACUGCUCAUCCCUCACAUCUUUGAUAUUAUCACAGAACAAUCUCACAGGCCCAAUACCUCCAACCUUAGCCAACCUCACCAACCUCCAAACCAUAGACCUCUCCCACAACAGGCUUACAGGCACCCUCCCAAAGCAGCUCUCCAACCUCCCCCACCUCAUCUCCUUCAACAUCUCCCACAACCUCUUCUCCGGAGAUCUCCCCGCUGGUAACUUCUUCGACUCCAUCCCUCCCUCCUCCAUCUCCGACAAUCCUGGCCUCUGUGGUUCUGUUGUCAAUCGCUCCUGCCCUGCAGUCCUCCCCAAGCCCAUUGUCCUCAAUCCCAACUCCUCCUCGCCCAAACGCUCUUCUGAUUCAGCCUUCUCCCCUGGCAACCUCCGCCACAAGAAGAUCAUCCUAAGCAUUUCCACUCUCAUUGCCAUUGGAGCUGCUGCUGUGAUCGCGCUUGGUGUUAUCACCAUCACUGUCCUAAACAUCAGGGUCCGCUCCUCAGCCGCCUCCCAAUCUGCUGCAGCCUUGGCCCUCUCUGAUGACUACUAUAGCCACUCUCCAGGGACUGAAGCAAACUCUGGCAAGCUUGUCAUGUUCUCUGGAAACGACCCUGACUUCAGUGCUGGGGCACAUGCUAUCCUUAAUAAGGACUGCGAGCUGGGCCGUGGGGGAUUUGGUGCAGUAUACAAGACCAUCCUACGAGAUGGCCGGCCUGUGGCCAUCAAGAAGCUUAUAGUCUCAAGCCUAGUGAAGUCCCAAGAAGAUUUCGAGAGGGAGAUCAAGAAGCUGGGGAAAGUUAGACACCCCAAUCUUGUAGCCCUCGAAGGUUACUACUGGACUCCAUCCUUGCAGCUCCUCAUCUAUGAGUUCGUCUCUGGUGGGAAUCUAUACAGACACCUCCAUGAAAGCUCUGCCUCGAACUUGCUCUCGUGGCAAGAGAGGUUUGAUAUAAUUCUUGGGAUUGCAAGAAGUUUAGCCCACCUCCACCGGCUCAACAUAAUUCACUACAAUCUCAAAUCGAGCAACAUUCUGAUCGAUGGCUCAGGUGAGGCCAAGGUGGGGGACUAUGGAUUGGCAAAACUAUUACCGAUGCUGGACCGCUAUGUUCUUAGCAGCAAAAUUCAAAGCGCACUUGGAUACAUGGCACCAGAGUUUGCCUGCAGGACAGUGAAGAUCACCGAGAAAUGUGAUGUUUAUGGAUUUGGAGUGUUGGUCCUAGAGAUCAUGACAGGGAGGCGGCCGGUGGAGUACAUGGAGGAUGAUGUGGUGGUGUUAUGUGAUGUGGUGAAGGGGGCAUUGGAAGAAGGAAGGGUCGAGGAGUGCGUGGAUGGGAAGCUUGGUGGAAAGUUCCCGGUGGAGGAGGCUGUGCCAGUGAUGAAGCUGGGGUUGAUUUGUACAUCGCAGGUGCCAUCGAAUCGGCCAGAUAUGGCAGAGGUGGUGAAAAUUUUGCAGCUGAUCAGGUGCCCCCAGGAUAGUUCAGAAGAGGAAUUGAGUUGAGUUCCCUUGAAGCUGCUUUUGCUUUUUCUUUUUGUUACUUGAAAUCUAAGACAUGAAGAGAGAGAGAGAGAGGGAGAAGCAUAGGGUUUUUAUGGUGAAGAGGAAUCCGGUUUGCCUGUUUAGAAUGAGAGGAAGAGUAGUUGGGCUGUGGUAGUUGGAGAAAGAACUGUUGAGAGGUUGUAUUUUUUAGUUCAAGAGGAAAGGUGCUGUUUUUCUCUGCUCUCCAGGUGGGUGCUAGUGUUUGUGUUGACCGGAUUCCCUUUCACCGGGCACCUGGAUUGUCGGACCCUCGACAUUUUGGUUGUUAUUUUAUCUGAUUCGGACGUGUUUUUAUGUAG